AUUAACCAGGAAGGACCUGCUCCUUCCUGUCUGCACUACUAUUCCCACUCUGAUCUCGGGCCCCACAGGGCAGACACGGGCUGAAAUCGUCAGCAGGACAGGCGAGGGUCGCUGUGCGGGACAGACCUGGGACGAUGGCAGCUCCCGUGACCCCAGGACACCUGACACCCAACCCAGUAGCACCUGGUGACCUGUCGUGGGGAGGGCUCCGAGGCCCUCCUGACACCCCGCCAGAGCCCAAGCAGCUCCCGGAGCUGAUCCGCCUGAAGCGAGACGGAGACCGCCUGAGCGAGGGCGAUAUUAGGGGCUUUGUACGCGCUGUGGUGGACGGCAGCGCACAGGGUGUGCAGAUAGGGGCCAUGCUCAUGGCAAUCCGACUGCAAGGCAUGGACCUGGAGGAGACUGUGGCGCUGACCCAGGCCAUGGCCAAGUCUGGGGAGCAGCUGGAGUGGCCGGAGGCCUGGCACCAGCAGCUCGUGGACAAACAUUCCACAGGGGGUGUGGGUGACAAAGUCAGCCUGGUCCUGGCACCUGCCCUGGCUGCCUGUGGCUGCAAGCAGGUACCAAUGAUCAGUGGACGUGGUCUGGGGCACACAGGGGGCACCCUGGAUAAACUGGAGUCUAUUCCUGGAUUCACCGUCAUUCAGAGCCCAGAACAGGUACAGAUGCAAGGUCUGCUGGAGCAAGUGGGCUGCUGUAUUGUGGGUCAGAGCAAGAAGCUGGUUCCUGCGGAUGGAAUCCUGUAUGAAGCCAGAGAUGUGACAGCCACUGUUGACAGCCUGCCACUCAUCACAGCUUCCAUCCUCAGUAAGAAGGUGGUGGAGAGCCUGUCUGCCCUGCUGGUGGACGUGAAGUUCGGCGCAGCUGCAGUCUUCCCCAGCCAGGCAGAGGCCAGGGAGCUGGCAGGAGCGCUGGUUGGUGUAGGGGCGGGCCUGGGUCUUCGGGUUGCAGCCGCUCUGACCGCUAUGGACAACCCCCUGGGCCGCAGCGUGGGCCACACCCUGGAGGUGGAGGAAGCGCUGCUUUGCAUGGACGGCGCGGGGCCACCGGACCUGCGGGACCUGGUCACUAGACUCGGGGGCACCUUGCUCUGGCUCAGCGGACAGGCAGAGGACCCGGCCGUGGGCGCCGCUCGGGUGGCCGCGACGCUGGACGACGGCUCGGCCCGGGACCGCUUCGAGCGAAUGCUAGCGACGCAAGGCGUGGACCCGUGGCUGGCCCGAGCCCUAUGCUCCGGGACCCCCGCGCAACGCCGGCAGUUGCUGCCCCGCGCAAGGGAGCAAGAGGAACUGCUCGCGCCCGCGGACGGCACCGUGGAACUCGUCCGGGCGCUGCCGCUGGCGCGCGUGCUGCACGAGCUCGGGGCCGGACGCAGCCGCGCAGGGGAGCCGCUCCGGCCAGCGGUGGGCGCGGAGCUGCUGGUCGGCGUGGGCCAGAAGCUGCGCCGCGGGACGCCGUGGCUCCGCGUGCACCUGGACGCGCCCGCACUCAGCGACCCGCAGCGCCGCGCCCUGCAGGGGGCGCUCGUACUCUCGGACCGCGCGCCUUUCGCCGCCCCCUCGCCCUUCGCUGAGCUCAUCUUGCCGCCGACCGACACACAGCAAUAAAGCCCGAGAGCUGCAAAGCCGUGUCUGUACCUGG